CAAAAGUGUCCUUAUAGAUCCAUAGAACAUGGCCUUUAACGUUCCACCUCAACCGGACGACUCCAAGGACCGACCCGGUCUUUGGUCUGUCGGGCACAGUACCGCUGUCUCACUUCAGCCCGCCGAUGAGAUUUCCGGCUCGGAGGGUUUCCGCUCGACCCUCGUCCGGCACUUUGCUGCCGACAUCAACACCAAAUAUACCGAUCUGCUCCUCAUCGUCUGCGGCUUCGUGAGCGGUCUCGUCGAUGGCCUGUGCUUCAACGCCUGGGGCAGUUUUGCCAGCAUGCAAACCGGAAACACCGUCUUCAUCGCCCUGGGCGCCAGCGGCCAACCAGUCUACCCAGCCUACCUCUGGGCCAAGUCCCUCGUCGCCGUUGCCGUCUUCAUCCUCUCCAUGAUCGUUUACAUUUACUUCUCACGUCUGCUGGGUCCCCGCCGCCGCUCGACCCUCAUCCUGUCCUUCAGCGCGCAGACCCUGGCCCUCCUGGCCGCGGCCAUCCUCGUCGAAACCGGCACCGUCAGCCGGCGUCCCGAGGACCCUCGCGCCCCUAUGCAAUGGAUGCAGGUUCUCCCCAUCUCGCUACUUUCAUUCCAGGCCGCAGGUCAGAUUGUGGCGUCACGAAUCCUGUCCUACGACGAGAUCCCGACCGUGGUGCUGACGACUCUGCUGUGCGACUUGCUCGUCGACAAGGACCUGCUGGCGCGCGGGUGGGCAUCCAACCCGCGGCGGAACCGCCGCGUGGGCGCCUUCCUGGCGCUCUUCCUGGGUGCCAUGACGGCGGGAGGGUUGAGCAAGGCGACGGAUAUGGCUGCCAGUCUGUGGUUUGCGAUGGUGUUGAAGUUGGGAAUCGUCGUUGCUUGGUUUGUAUGGAAAGCCGAGGGAAGCAGGAGGCAGAGCAAGGGGGAGGUUUGAUCUGUUUUCUUUCUUUCUUUCUUUCUUUUUGCAAACGACUUUAUGACUACCUGUGACGUUUGGGAUGGAUUCAUUGUCGAGCGAAGCGUACUGUUGACUUUAGCAUGCGGGCAUCUCCCUUUUCUUUCUGUCUUGGCGUUCAACCUGGUUGGUCCGAUCAAUAGAUUUCCGGCUUUUUGAUUGAUGCGAAAACGCAGUGACGUUGCUGUACUAGUUGCUCAUCUAUGAUGGAGUAGAGGGGUAGAUAGAUACUCCCAUAGUUAAGCUAUUUAUCAUCUUAGUCAAGCACUUGAUACGGAGUAUAGCCUCA